AUGGUAGCUUCGAAAGCAUUAAGGAUAGCUCAACUGAAUGAGCUAGAUGAAUUGCGUCAUGAUUCCUAUGAGAAUGCAAGAAUCUACAAGGAGAAGACAAAGAAAUGGCAUGACAACAAUAUCGUCAAUCGGACUUUUCAGAUGGGCGAUAAGGUGUUGUUAUUUAAUUCUCGUCUCAAGUUAUUUCCAGGAAAAUUAAAGUCUCGAUGGUCGGGGCCAUUUAUUGUUACAAAAGUCUUUCCAUACGGGGCUUUGGAGAUUCAACAAGGUGAUUCUUCGCUGUUUAAAGUUAAUGGACAGCGAGUGAAGCAUUACUAUGGAGGUGAAAUUGAGAAGAAGGUCAAUAUUACACUGGUGGAUUCUUAA